UGCCCCCAAUUAUGCUGAUUAACUUCGUUAUUCGCGAACACGAAAAUGGGAAAACAAGAAACAAAACAAACGCUUCCGUUGACUUGUUAGCGUUUUUUUUUAUCUGGAAAGAAACGACACAACAGUAGAGGGAUGCUUUGUUGUUUAAAUACUCUGCCACAGCCUCUGCAGAUCAAACUAAAACUUUUCCCUUAGAUUUGCAUGGGAAUGUGCCUUCAGCAGGAUGUCACAGAGGAGGGAAAAAGAGCAAAACUGCAGAACUCUAAAAUCGAGCAAGACAUUUGUGAACAAGCCAAAGCUGAGAAGAAUGUGGUCAAAAUCCUUAUGCUUGGAGCUGCAGAGAGUGGAAAGAGUACAGUGAUUAAACAGAUGAAGAUCAUCUACAGCUGUGGUUUCUCCAAACAGGAGCUCAUUAGUUUCAAGCCUGCAGUAUUAGACAACCUCUUGACCUCUAUGAAGAUCGUUCUACAAGGAAUGGGCAUGCUGCGGAUAAAUCUCGCAAACAAGAAGAACAAGGUACACGCCCGCUCCAUUCUAUCCUGCAGCCAGUGUGUUGGAGAGGACCAGGAGCUGCUUCCUUUUGUGGCUCGUGCCUUCUUUGCUCUUUGGGCCGAUCACGGGGUGAGAACAGCCGCCGCCAGAGGUUACGAGUUUGAGCUGAACGACUCUGCACUUUAUUUCUUUGAGAACAUGGUUCGAAUCAUUGGACCCAACUAUGUUCCCACUGAGACGGAUGUUCUGAGAGUCCGAGUGAGGACCAGCGGAGUCAUUGAGACUCAGUUUCAAGUUGAUGAAACUAUCUUUCGGUUAUAUGAUGUUGGAGGCCAGCGGAGUGAGAGGAGGAAGUGGCUGAGCUGCUUUGAUUGUAUUCACGCUGUACUAUUUAUUGUGGCUCUCAGCAGCUAUGAUAUGACACUGCUGGAGGAUCCCCAAGUGAAUCGGCUUCAGGAAAGCCUUGAACUGUUCUCAUCAAUCUGCACGAACACAGUCUUCCAGAAAACCACCCUGAUUGUGUUCAUGAACAAAACGGACCUUUUCCGUGAAAAGAUUCUACACUCUGGGAGGCACUUGAGAUUAUACCUUUCUUGCUAUAAAGGAGCAGAUGGCGAUGUGGCUGCUGCAGCUCACUACAUCACUGCCAUGUUCUUAGCUGGUAACAGCAGAACCAGCAAGCCUGUGUACCACCACUUCACCACUGCUACAGAGACUGCAAACAUUCAGGUGAUCUUUCAGAUGGCCGUUGAUCAGAUUAUCAAGGAGAACAUAGCAGCUGUCCAGCUGCUGUAGGCCUCCUCAAGACUGUGAGAUUUGUGUUUUAAGUAGUUUUAUUCCUUUUGAUUUUUAAAUAAUUUUUUUUUCUUUGUGUAUGUUGACAUUUUUAUUAAAGUGACUUAACUGUGUUACAGUUCUUCGAGCUGUGCAUCACCCCUUUAUAUACAUUUUCUAAGUAUCCUAAAUAAAUGCUUGC